CAUUGCUUGUUGCAUCAACUUUUGCUCUCUGCUUUGCAGGAAAACCCCAGUUCACAACUAUGACUCUCCAUUCUGUUUCAGAAAGCGGUGUUGAUGUUGAAAACUGCGCUGACAUAAACUGGGAUGAGCUUGGAUUCAGUCCAGUUCCGACAGAUUUCAUGUAUGUCAUGAAAUGUGCAAAAGGAGACAACUUUUCUGAAGGAUCCCUCGUUCCCUUUGGAAACAUAGAGAUCAACCCUUUUGCCACGAUAAUAAAUUAUGGACAGGGAAUCUUUGAGGGGCUUAAGGCAUAUAGAACUGAAGAUGGGCACAUAGUCCUGUUUAGACCAGAACAGAAUGCCCAACGAAUGAAGAUGGGGGCAGACAGAUUUUGCAUGCCAUACCCAUCCAUUGAUCAGUUCAUUAAUGCUGUAAAACAGACAGCUCUUGCCAACAAACGUUGGGUGCCUCCACUGGGGAAAGGAUCGUUGUAUAUUAGGCCAUUGCUCAUGGGAACAGGAGCUUCUUUAAGCGUGGUUCCUGCACCAGAGUACACACUACUUGUUUAUUGUACUCCUGUCACUAACUACCACAAGGGUGCACUAAACUUGAAAGUGGAGAGUAAGUUCUAUCGAGCAAUAUCUGGCACUGGUGGAACCGGAGGGAUCAAGAGUGUUACCAACUAUGCACCUGUUUAUGCUGCAACCACUGCAGCUAAGGCUGAUGGAUUCUCUGAUGUCUUGUUCUUGGACUCAGCAACUGGAAAAAACAUAGAAGAGGUUUCUGCAUGCAAUGUGUUUGUUGUGAAGGGUAAUAGUAUAUGCACUCCGGAAGCAAAUGGAGCCAUCCUGCCUGGGAUUACACGAAAAUCCAUCAUUGAAAUUGCCUUAGAUUUGGGGUAUCAGGUCACGGAACGUGCCAUAUCAUUGGAGGAGAUGCUGGAUGCUGAUGAAGUGUUCUGCACAGGAACUGCAGUUGUUGUCAACUCUGUUUCAUCUGUAACCUACAAGGAAACAAGAACUGAAUACAAAACAGGAGCAGAAUCAUUGUCGGAAAAACUGCGGAAAAUACUAGUUGGAAUUCAAACUGGGUCUAUUGAAGACUCAAGGGGCUGGACAGUUCGAAUAGAUUGAUCGAUUAGCACAACUUGCCCUAUGGCUUGACUCGGAUUUUAAGCUAUGCAGAUAUGCACGAAACGUGCCUCACUUCUAUUUUAAUUUCUGCUUUUACCAUGUCAUUGCUCAAAUGAGUUUUUAUUUUUUCUCUUUCCUUUUCCCCUCCCAAUACGAUGAUGACUCGGAUGUAUUAUUAGGAGAGGAAAAUAUUUUGAAAAUAAAUGAAGAGAAUAACCAUUUUGUACAAUAUAAUAAAAAUAAUUGACCUUUUGUUAGGUUUCUAAUUACUUAAUAUUCCAAAUAAGUUUUGCUCGCCUUAGUUGCACGUCAAUUUGCCAGGAAAUCACAAUACUCAGAUUUUAAUUUAUUUUUUUGUGCAUAUAGAGUUUGACGUCUGUAUAAUGUUAAAUCUUAAAAGUCGGAUUUCUAGCUUUUUAGAAGCAUUCCUUAAAGCUGAAGACAUUCUAAUGCGAUUUUGAGUAGACAAAAAAAUUGAAGGCCUGAUUCGACAGUGUAUUUAUUCAUCUCAUCGAUCCUCAAAAAUAACUUUUGGUUAUACACAUGAGAAAAGAAAAAAUGCAAUAUACUAAUGAGAAAAGCAUGCCAGCUAACCAAAGAUGAAGAAGUUAAAGACAAUCGUUAUGAACAAUGUCAGUCUCUUUUUCUAACAAAUAUAGAUAAAUAACUAUUUUAUCAAACU